AUGGGUCCACGUAAAGGUCAAGUUCAAAAACAACAAGAACAAGUUAUUCUCGGUCCACAAGUCGCCGAUGGAGAGAAGGUAUUUGGUGUUGCGCAUAUAUACGCAAGUUUCAACGAUACAUUUGUUCAUGUUACCGAUCUGUCUGGAAAAGAAACGAUCGCUCGGGUCACUGGUGGAAUGAAAGUGAAAGCUGAUCGUGAUGAAGCCAGUCCAUACGCAGCUAUGUUAGCUGCUCAAGACGUUGCCGAACGAUGUCGAACACUUAAUAUUACAGCAUUACACAUUCGAUUACGUGCAACAGGUGGAAAUAAAACAAAAACACCGGGACCAGGUGCACAAUCAGCUUUAAGAGCUUUGGCUCGAAGUGGAUUAAAAAUCGGAAGAAUUGGUUUAGCUCAUUUAACUCAACAAGAAAAAUGA